GCCCGUGCUUCGGCGCCGCUCGGCUCCCUUCCCGCCCCUCGCUCCCUCCCUCCCUCUCUCGUUUCCCUCCCUCUUGUCCUGGGACUGCUUGGAGCCCCGCAGCGCGAGUUUGCUGCGGUUCCGCGCGGCGGAAGAGUGCGCCAGCUUCGGCUCACCUGGGCGCCAGAUCCCAACCCCACGCCUCUUCCCCUACAGGCUCCUCCGAGACCAGCUGGCUGCUGGGGGAGCAGCGGCCGCCCAGCUCCUGGAGGUCGUUCCCUGGCAUCCUCGGGGACAGAGGAAGGAAGAGGCGGCAGCGGCGGGAGCCCUGGUGGGCGGCCUGAGGUGAGAACCCCGCCGGCCCCGCUGGGAAUAUGGCGACCGGUGGCUACCGGACCAGCAGCGGCCUCGGCGGCAGCACCACAGACUUCCUGGAGGAGUGGAAGGCGAAACGCGAGAAGAUGCGCGCCAAGCAGAACCCCCAGGGCCCCGCCGCCCCGGGAGGGGUCAGCAGCGACGCCGCCGGGAAGCCCCCAGCGGGGGCGCUGGCCACCUCGGCGGCCGCCGGUACUAACGAGCUCAACAACAACCUCCCCGGCGGCGCGCCGGCCGCACCUGCCGCCCCCGGGCCCGGGGGCGUGAACUGCGCGGUCGGCUCCGCCAUGCUGACCCGGGCGGCUCCCGGCCCGCGGCGGUCGGAGGACGAGCCCCCAGCCCCCUCUUCCUCUGCGGCGUUGCCACCCCGGCGUGACGAGGAGGAGCGGGACGGCGCUCCAGAGAAGGGCAAGAGCUCGGGCCCUAGUGCCAGGAAAGGCAAAGGGCAGAUCGAGAAGAGGAAACUGCGGGAGAAGCGGCGUUCCACCGGCGUGGUCAACAUCCCCGCCGCAGAGUGCUUAGAUGAGUAUGAAGAUGAUGAAGCAGGGCAGAAAGAGCGGAAACGAGAAGAUGCAAUUACACAACAGAACACUAUGCAGAAUGAAGCUGUAAACUUACUAGACCCAGGCAGUUCCUAUCUGCUGCAGGACCCAUCUAGAACAGUUUCAGGCAGAUAUAAAAGCACAACCAGUGUAUCUGAAGAAGAAGUCUCAAGUAGAUAUCCUCGAACAGAUAGAAGUGGGUUUCCUAGAUAUAACAGGGAUGCAAAUGUUUCAGGUAAUCUGGUUUCAAAUAGCACAUUGGAAAAGAAAAUUGAAGAUCUUGAAAAGGAAGUAGUAAGAGAAAGACAAGAAAACCUAAGACUUGUGAGACUGAUGCAAGAUAAAGAGGAAAUGAUUGGAAAACUCAAAGAAGAAAUUGAUUUAUUAAAUAGAGACCUAGAUGACAUAGAAGAUGAAAAUGAACAACUAAAGCAGGAAAAUAAAACUCUUUUGAAAGUUGUUGGUCAGCUGACAAGGUAGAAGAUUCAAGACCCAGUGUUGAAAAAAUAUUUUAAACUACUGAAUGUUAUGGUCAAUGCUAGAACAAUAUUCCUAUGCUGCAAUGCAUUAAAAUAACUAAGCAUGUAUAUUUAUUUCUAGAAAACAGUUGUUUAUUUUCAGAAUACUUCUCUUUCAUUAUUGGUUUCAAAAAAGCAUUAACCUUUUAUCUCACAAAUAAGUAAUAUCUUUCAGUUAUCAAAUGAUAGGUAAUGCCUUUUUGGUUUUGUGUGAUAUUCAACUAAUAUAUGGUUUAAAGUCACAGGCUUUUGAAUAUUUUAUCUUUGGUAGUACAGUUUCUCCCUAAAGGAAUAUACAUAGUCAUUGUUUACAUGAGUUCAAAUACUUUUGGGAUGUUACUUAACAAAUGCCUUAUUACUGAUGUGUGCGACCUUUUGUGUGUCAAUGACUCACUCAUAAAGGUUUUUGUCUACUGUCAUUUGUUCUUUCCACAUAUUCUAAGCAAUUUAGAGUAAUACAGUCAUACUUUUGUAUAACAGUAACCUUUUAAAAGCAAAGCUCUUAUAAAGUCACUGUCAUGUUCUAGUUGACUAAAUAUAAAUUUAAGAGAAUACUUGAAUUGUGGUAUAGUAAAUAAAAAUUUACUAUUUUGUGUUUGAGUAUUGAAAAAUUGAAUCACUUUAACUCCUGAAAAACAUACAAUUGUAAUUUUAAUGUAAAAUUUCUUAUGUAGGUACUACCUUUUUUUAUUUUUCCAAGGUUUGCUAGUGAACAUAGGAUAUUUUAAAAGUUACUCUUCAGGCGUGGAAAGUGUACAAAGUCAGUGUAAAAGAAAAAUCCAUAUUUUUAUUAUAUUAGCAUAUGUAUUAAAAUCAAAAGCAAAAUGUUAUUCAUACUUAAAACAUUUAUAUAAAAAAGUUAAGCAGAAAUAUUUCUGUAAGCAGAAAUAGUACUAACAUACUUUGCCUAAUUUCCAAGCUGAAGAAUAACACUGUGACACACUUUUUCCCUGUGAGAGAAUAUUCUCCUAUUUCAAAUUUAGAGGAUUUUCUUCUUAACAUUGAAAUUUUUAAAACAGAAUUACUUCUAAAGAAUUAUACAAAUUUUCUCUUCUAUUAAAUAUUAUUAUUUAGAAUUGUUUUAUAGUACAUUUUCAUGUUAAGAACCCCCUCCUCCCUUAAAAUACAUGAACAUUAUGAAAUUUUUGCCUGAUCAUUGAAUUUCAAACAGCAAUAUGAUACCCUUUUAUCUAGUUAAUAUAUGAAAGUGGCUUGAAUGUAGUCAGAUCCAGUUUGGGUACUCUACUGACUUUUUCCUUCACUUGCCAAGCUCUUUUAUUAUUCACUUUUAGAGAAACAGAGAGGUGAGACAGCUGGGGGGAAAUGUGGAGUAAAUGAUAAAUAGCAGAUGUGAAUUCUAAAAGCAUCUACAUUUACCUGGACUGGCUCUCUGCCUUCCCCAGUUCAGAAGUUUCGAGCUUGGCUGAUCGUCAGAAUCACUUGAGAAACUUACAAAGAAUUCCUUGGCUGUAGUUCCUAUGUAGGUUUAGGUUGAGACUCUGGACUCCAGAAUUUUUAAAGGUUGUCAUCUGAAGUUUCUGAUCAUAGUCUAGUUUUGAAGCAGCUGCUGUUGUAUCUUUAUUUCAUUGAAAACUCUGGAAUUGACAUAAUUUAAUCUACCAACACUUCUCCUCUUUUAGUUUAAUAAUUAACCUGGUCUCCAGGGCCGUUUUCAUAUGUCCAUGUAUAUAUAUAUUCACUGCUCACGAAAAAGUUUAAUGUUAGAUUACCUAAUUUAAUAUACUUGCAGAAUUAAUGCAUAAGGGCUUCCCUUCUUGGAGACUCUUAGCCAGCAUGGGAACGGUGAUCUGCUGCCCACAUGACAGGGUGGUAUGUCAGGCACAGUUACUGCCUUUGGUUGUACUCAUCUUUAAUUACCCUUAGUUAUGUGGCAUACAUGUCCUUAUUGCCUAGUUCCUCAUCCAUACUUUGGAUCUUGUGAAAAUGCUAUCAGUAUCCAACCCUAAAAUAUAUUCGUAUAUGGGUUUUUAUUAAAAUAAUUACUUUGAAUUUUCUACUUAAUUCAUAAAAACAUUAAAUAAAAACAUUUCACUUCACUUUAAAAUGUUAUAUCGGUUAUUAAUACCUUUAAAGACAGCUGUUAAAAAAAUUUUUUUUUCAGUUUUUGGGGAACAUUUCUAGUAGUGAUUUUAUUGGCCUUUUUAACAUAAUGAUACUGAGUAUAUAAAGACAGGAUCAUUACAACUUAGGCAAAGCAUUUCACAUGCAGUCUUUCUCCCAUCUGUUUAAAAUAUGUAUUUAUUUUACAUACAGAUUUUUACAGUAACUAUUGAAAAAUAAAGUAGGAUCUGCUUCAGUUUCCCCGGAAAAUUUAUAAAAGUAUUGAGAUUGUUAGAAGGUAGUUUUUAAGUACAUAUGCACUACCCUAGACAACUUGCCUAUUGUCAAUAAAGUGAUAGUAUUUGUGAAGUUAUUAUUCCUAUUCAGAAAUACUAUUUCUUAAAUCUCCUGGGAAUUUGUGACAUAAUAAAGCACAUCCAAAGUUCUCAUGU